GGUAAAGAUGGCGGAGAAGAGCAGCAGCAGCAGCAGCGACCACACGCAGGACGUCACUGCGGAUCCAGGAGAAUCUCCCGGAGGAAACUCGAUGCUGAUUAACGUCCGGACUCCGGAGGGGACGGAGAAGAUCGCGAUCUGGGAGGAGUCCAGCGUUUCCCAGUUUAGACAGGAAGUAUCCAAAAGAUAUGAGGCCCCCCAGAACCAACUGGUGCUGAUAUUCACAGGGAAGGUUCUAAAGGAUACUGAUACUCUGAAGCAGUAUGGUAUCAAAGACGGACACACCGUUCAUCUUGUUAUCAAGAACAUCCCAAAAUCAACAGAUGGCCGUUCAUCUCAGACCAGUUCUGCUUCGUCACCACCUCAACAAAACACCAUCAGCACCAGCAGCAGCACAAGCACCAGCACUAGCACCAGCCCAACUGUAGCAGGUAGCACCGGUCAGACACCGAUACAACCUGCUAAUGCAAUGAGUGGACUCGGCGACCUGUCCGGCUUGUUAGGUCUCGGCAUGGGUUCACCCAACUUUAUGGAGAUGCAGCAGCAGAUGCAGAGGCAGAUGAUGUCCAACCCAAUGACGCUGGCGCAGAUCAUGGGGAACCCGAUGGCCCGUUCCAUUAUAAAUAACCCAGACCUGCGGAGACAGAUGGUACCAGGCAAUUUUCCGAUGCAGCAGCCCCUCGAACAAACCACAAACGUUUCUCGCAUGCUCAACAACCCUGAGUUUAUGAGACAGUUGCAGAAUCCGGAAACACUUUCUACGAUGAACAACCCCAGAGUCAGACAGGCCCUGGAACAGAUCCAACAGGGCCUGCAGAUAUUACAGACGGAAGCGCCAGGAUUCCUGUCCGGUGUGCCUACUGCAGGCCCCACAGUUCCUCCAGCCACAGGGAGCAGUGUCCCUCCACAGAACUCCCCCUCUGCUGCCUUACCACCAGGAUCCAUUCCCCCACAGCAGAUGCAGCAGAUUUUACAGAUGUUUUCAGGCGGUGGAGCAUCGGUGCCGGAGACUCGUUUUCAGCAGCAGCUUGACCAGCUCAACUCCAUGGGCUUCAUCAACCGUGAAGCUAACCUGCAGGCGCUUAUCGCGACCGGAGGGGACGUCAACGCUGCCGUUGAAAGACUGUUGAUCUAACGCGCUCAGUUCCUUUUGGGGAUUGACGCUCGAUGACCACUGUAAAAAAAAAAGUCCACUUUUAAAAGUACAGCAACCAGGUUGGAUGUUCGUUUCUGGGCGGUGUUGAAAGACUGGGGGCCUCACCAGUCUGUUCAUUUUAGGGAUUGACGCUGGAAAGACUGGUAGAGUUGGGGACUAGCGAGGGAGAUUUGAAAAUAUAUUUAAUUAAAUUGAUCUAGAUAAAUUCAGUCCUCUAUGACAUUAAAGUCUGACCUGAACCCCAGAUAGAGUUAGAGCUGUUACUGUCUCUUGUUUCCAUUAAUCUGUAAAUCAGACACCACAACGGUCACAGCCACAGUUUCUCUUGCUAGUGCAGACGGAGACAGUUCAAGCACCGCUACGUCUCCCACAUGAGGACGCACAGAAAAUUAAGUUAAGUAGUUGUUUUUACAUUAUUUAAUAAAAAAAAAGUAUUGUAUUUUAGUCUAAGAGUUUUUAAACUGGGUUCUGUUGCAGUAGGUUGGGUGAUGUUCCUCUCUGGGCACUCGGCUUGUUUGUUAUGUGAUUUAUUGUCACUAUUGAGCCUUAAUCUUUCCUAAUUUACAGGAAUUUAUCAACUUAUCUAUAAUAUUUUUUCCUGAUUUCUUUUUUUACACAUUUUCUUUCCUCAGAACUGUUUGAAGCACUUCAUCAGAUUUUCAUGGUUGUUUCUGCUGCGUUAAUGUUUCCAUGAGAAGGAGACAGUGAAAAUGUUCAGGUUGUUGGACCAAGGCUAUGUUACUGUUAUGUUAAAAUAAGAUAAAAUAAACUGUAAAGCAACA